AUGGGUCACUGGUUUACACACUACCCCGCCCAUUUCCUCAACGUGUCCUACCUAUGCUAUGUCGGGUGGGUGCUUUCCGACAGCGCGACACCCGUCCGCCUCGAAGCCGUACGCGCUCUAUCAGCCAUCUACGCACAGGCCGAGUAUAUCGGUGGCCUCAUGAACUUCACCACACGCUUCAAGCCCCGCCUUGUCGAAAUGGCAGCGCGUGAUACAGAGCUCGCCGUGCGCACCGCUGUACUUGGUAUCCUAGGUGCAGUCGACCAGCAUGGCUUGCUGAAAGCAGUGGCAGGAUUUGUUGGGGGCCUCUGGAAUGAACUUGUGGAGGAAUGGUUGGCGGGGCGGAAGGUGGGCGAGAAAGGAAAGGAACGAGCGGGUACCAAGGCUCUGGCGUUGUUACUUGUGCGGUGGGAUCGCGAGCGCGUGGAGGAAGAGGACAGGAGCCAGGAUGAUACACGGAGAGGAGUGGCUAUGAGCACAGACAUCAAGGGGCGUACAGCGCUCGCUGUGGAGGCUCUGUGGGAUGACGUGGACUCUGCGAGCGGGUGGGAGGGGCUUCUUGAGAUGCUACUGCUCAAUCACUCUGCUGGAGGGGGCGAGGAGGAUUUGGAUGCUGUGGAUGACUCCAUCGCUGCUUCUGCGAAAAACACUGUAGACGAGGCAUGGCGCCUGACUGAGACAGAGGAGAGUGUGCUGCUGGAGGUGCUCAUCGCGUCCCCUCGAAGAGCAAAAACUCUUGCUGGCACUGCGAAAAAGGGCGAGGACGAGACACUGCUCUCGGAUCUCACUCGUGCACUGAUCAAGGGACUCCCGAGGUUGUUCAUCAAGUACCAGACGGACGCCAACCGGAUUGCGAACGUGCUACUAAUCCCACCCUUAAUGAACGUAGAACUGUAUUUGGAGAUGCGGAUGAUGACUGCCUACGCCAAUCUCUGGGACGACAUCACAAAGCAAUUCCUCUCCCACUCUGCCUAAACUGUACUCACUUCUGCUGUCGCCUGCAUCACGCACCUCCUCUCUUGUCCCUCGCUAAGCAACACCAACAGCACAAAGAUUCUAGAACUCGAGGACGAGCUCGCGGUGCAGCUUCGUGAUGCUGUUGGCGGGUGCAAGGAUAUCGAAAUCGCUGG